UUCAUAAUAGAAAAAGAAUAAGAAGUUAACCUCAAAUUUUGGACAAACGUAAACAAACCCCAUUUAAAAUUUAAAAACAUGUCUGAUGACGAAGAACUUCAGUAUGUGAAAAAAAUAAAAACUAUCCAUUACGGUUCGUUGGAAGAUAAUGAAAAAAUUAGAAUUGAAACCCAAAAUGAAGAAAGUAACGAAGCUCUACCGGCAGCAACGUCUCCUACUCCAGAGACUUCGGAAUACAUGGAGCUUGAAGAUGCUAUGUCACGAGAUAAACAAGCUUUACUUGAAGAAUUCGAAAGGAGAAGAAAAGCCAGAUCAAUUAACGUAUCCACCGACGACGCCGAGGUUAAAAGAAACUUACGUCAACUAGGCGAACCGAUUUGCCUCUUCGGAGAAGGUCCCGCAGAUAGAAGAUCGAGAUUAAGAGAUAUUUUAAGCCGCAUGGGCGAAGAUACUGUGAUAAGAAGAGAAGCCGAAGAAGAAAGGAAACAAUUCGAAAAAGAUCAAGAAACUACUUGGUAUCACGAAGGUCCCGAAUCCCUACGAGUAGCUAGGUUGUGGAUAGCCGAAUAUUCCCUACCCAGAGCCAAAGAUCGUUUAGAAGAAGCGAGGCGAUUAGCAGAUUUACCCGCCGCUACUAAAACCGCUAAAAUGCAAGAAUUACAGAAAAAAAUUCAAGCCACGUCGAUUUAUUCCAGCCAAGUAGGAGAUACAAGACCGAUUUCCUAUUGCCAGUUUAGUCCGGAUUCGAAAUUAUUAGCAACGGCUUCUUGGAGCGGUUUGUGUAAAGUUUGGUCGGUGCCGAAUUGCGAGUUAAAACAAACGUUAAAAGGUCACACUUGUAACGUUGGGGCCAUAGUUUUUCAUCCGUACGCCACUAGCGAACGAGAUGAAAAAAUAUGUAACAUGGCGUCUUGCGCCGCUGACGGUUCCGUUAAACUAUGGGAUUUUGUUAGUGAGGAACCAAUUGCUGAUAUCGAAGGACAUAUGCCGCAUAGGGUAUCAAGGAUAGGUUUCCACCCUUCUGGGAGGUUUUUAGGUACUUGUUGUUUCGAUAACUCUUGGAGGUUAUGGGAUUUGCAUCAAUGUACUGAAGUUUUACAUCAAGAAGGUCACGUUAAACCGGUUUAUUGCAUCAGUUUCCAAGUAGACGGAUCCGUUUGUGCUACGGGGGGUAUGGAUUCUUUCGGGAGGGUUUGGGAUCUUAGAACGGGGCGUUGUAUUAUGUUUAUGGAAGGGCAUUUGAGGGCUAUAUUGGGUAUCGAUUUUUCUUCAAACGGUUAUCAUAUAGCCACUGCUAGUGAGGAUAAUACUUGUAAAAUAUGGGAUUUACGUAAACGGUCUAUUUUGUAUACGAUUCCGGCUCAUACGAAUUUGAUAUCGGAGGUUAAGUUUCAAAAAUUCAGUAGUAAUUAUCUGGUGACUGCUUCGUAUGAUAAUACUGUGAAAAUAUGGACUAAUAAGACGUGGCAGCCUUUGAAGACGUUGUCGGGGCACGAUGGGAAGAUAAUGUCCGUGGAUGUUGCUCCUAAUGAUCAGUAUAUUGCCAGUAGUUCGUAUGAUCGAACUUUUAAAUUGUGGAUGCCUGAAUCUGGGGUGUAAUUACGAUUAUGUGAAUACAUUUUUUUAUUAAUUU